AAAAUGGGGUCUGAAAUGUUCCUUCACACGUCCCAUCGUCUUCCUUUGUUUCUCUCUCUCUUUUUUUACUCUUCUAUGGAAUCACAUAGUCGGCGAUGAUUUCACUCCCAGGCUUUCAAUAUAUCGCCGACUAAUUUCACGAAUGCAAACUUCAUAAUCCUUUUCUAUUUUAUAAACUUCUUCUCCUUCUUCCUCUUUAAACGCCGCCGUUUAGCCGCGCUUUUCUUCUUCUUCUUCUUCAUCGCCGGCGAUUGGUGACUUUCUCCUGCGAUUAUUAAGCCUUUUGCUUUCUUUGUUACUAUCCACUUCACUCUUCGACUUCCUUUGUUUCUCUUUCUGAUUUUUUAUUUUUUUAUUUUUGUUUGGGGUAUUUCUAAAUUUGACGUUUGAGCUUCCGAUUUUGUGGUUUUUGCGUGUAUGAAAGUGAUUUGCCCUAUCGAUCUUUGCCAUUUGAUGCACUGUUAGAAAAAGGCAUUGAUUCGAAGCUCAAAAUUGCUUUACAAGCAGCGAGCUGAGCUUUAACCCAAAAAAAAAAAGGCUAAAAAUCGGAAAGCUGGAAUUUGAAGGAAAUAGAAUAACCAUGUUAGAUCUUAAUCUUAAUAUGGUUUCGGGUGACGAUUCAACUCAGAACGACGACUCGUCCAUGUUCGUCGAGAAGUUUCCACAAGGCUCUGGAACCCAAAUGGACGAGUCAGGGACAUCGAACUCUUCGAUCGUCAAUGCAGACGCGGCGUCGAGCAACGGUGGAGACGACGACUCAUGCUCCACACGCGCCGCCGGCGGCAGGAACGACGUUUACACCUUCAACUUCGCUAUACUGAAAGUGGGGAGGGAAGGUAACGACGUCGUGACGGCCGUGACGAAGGAGUUGUUCCCGGUGAGUGGAGGACUGGAAGUGAAUGGGGAUUUGAAGGAUUGGCAGGGGCAGUCUUCGUCAUCGUCGUCGUCGUCGAGGAAGAACUGGAUCGAGCUUGGGUUCGAUCAGGGUGGUUCUGGGGAGGCGAGAUUGGUUCAGCAACAGCAACAGAAACAGCAGCAACCCCAGCAGCAAGUGAAGAAGAGCAGGAGGGGACCCAGGUCUCGGAGCUCGCAGUACAGAGGGGUCACCUUCUACAGGAGGACUGGCAGAUGGGAAUCUCAUAUUUGGGAUUGUGGGAAACAAGUAUAUUUGGGUGGUUUCGACACUGCCCAUGCUGCGGCUAGAGCCUAUGAUCGAGCUGCUAUUAAGUUCAGGGGAGUUGAGGCUGAUAUCAAUUUCAAUCUUAGUGAUUAUGAGGAUGAUUUGAAACAGAUGAAGAAUUUAACCAAGGAAGAAUUUGUGCACAUACUGCGUAGACAAAGCACUGGUUUCUCGAGGGGGAGCUCAAAAUAUAGAGGAGUAACACUACACAAAUGUGGUCGAUGGGAAGCUCGAAUGGGACAGUUCCUCGGCAAAAAGUAUAUAUAUCUUGGGCUGUUCGACAGCGAAGUAGAAGCUGCAAGGGCAUAUGACAAGGCUGCUAUCAAAUGUAAUGGAAGGGAGGCUGUCACCAACUUUGAGCCAAGUACAUAUGAAGGGGAGAUGAUCUCUGAGGCCAGUAUAGAAGGUGACACCCACAAUCUUGAUCUCAAUUUGGGGAUGUCAACCCCUUCAUUUGGCAAUGCUCAAAUGGAAAGCGAGAGGCAUCUUCAGUUCCACGCUGGUCCUUACGAUUUGCAGAGUGGAAAGUUUUCAAAGAUUGAGAACCAUGCUGAUGCAACAUUGGGGGAUCCACCUUUCAAAGGGCUGGUUAUGGCAUCAGAGCAGCCUUUGUUAUUGAAUGGUGUAUAUCCUAAUUUCUUUCCAAAUGAGGAAAGGGCAACAGAGAAACGAAUUGCAUUAGAUUCUUCUCAAGGUCUCCCCAACUGGGCAUGGCAAAUGCAUGGCCAGGUCUCUGCAACCCAAAUGCCAUUGUUCUCUACUGCAGCAUCAUCAGGAUUCUCGUUUUCAGCUGUUCCUCCCUCCGCUGCCGUUCUUCCAUCCAAACCUUCAAACCCGACAGCCAUCAAUCUCUGUUUUAGCUCUUCAGCUGCCCACAGUUCCUCUCAAUACUGUUACCAGGCGAAGCCGCCACAGGCACCUCCAUAACCUUUCUCCCUCUGUCUCGAAGAGGAGCCAUAAAAAAAAAAAAAAAAAAAAAACUCUGUUCUUCAAAUUCUUUGUAUGAUUCUAGUUGUGAUUUGAUAUACACUACUUGAUUUCUGACUUCUGUUCAAGCCAUUACCACACUGUUGGAUACAUCUGUGUUAAAAAAAAUGCUAAUUCUGUCCGCAUUUGUUCUGUAUCAAUGUGGCAUCAUCAACUUGAAUUUUCUCCAUUGUUUGUGAGCCAUUUUAAGCUA